GAACAAGGACCCUGAGGCACCAAUGGCACAGUCUGGGCCGGAGGCCCCUUACCCCUCUCAAUGCGGCCCAAAGAUCCCACCACCAGGUGAUGCCCACUGGGACUCCUACGCCACCACGAUGAAGACCGCGUUCACACCAAAGACAGGAGCAGUGCCUGCUUUAAUUCGUCAAAAAAGCAUCCGAACAUUAGGAUAUACAUAUUCACUUAGUGAUCCUCUUCCCAAUCAGACACAUUACAAUGAUGAGUACGUUUGGAAGUUGGGCUCUGAGGAAGAUUUGAUCAAAGCUGGGACUCCAGGAGAGAUUGGGAACCGCAGUUCUCACGCCAUUCAAGAUCCUUUUUGCUGGACGCUACCUCCAGGUCACUCCACGUCAGCGAAGAGCUACCUCCCUUGGAAAAUCUAUGCUACAGAGGAUGAGGUCAGAAAGGCCAUAUCAAAUCGGUUUACUUCCCAUACCAGGAGAGACUUUGUGGACAGAGCUGAAGCUCAGAAGAUUAAGCAAAGUUCUCAGAUGUUUCUAGAAUGGAAAAAGUUACUUCCCCAUGCCACAGACACUGAAUUUCGACGUAAUUACCAAGUUCCAGCUAAAAUUCCUGAGUUUCAGGACUUUAGUUUCAAGUAUGGAUGCUACUCAAGUCUACCAAUUGCUUCUCAGGGUCUAGUUCCUUCUGUGCUGCACAGCCACUUGAAGAGCCAGGCCCGCACAAAGAAGCAGACCACAUACCAGAGUGAUUAUGGCAAAGCCUACCUGGAUUUCCUAACGAUCUUGAACUCAUUUACUCCUUCUCAAAUAACAGAGUACCUGCAAAGUGUUUCCUACACAGACAGAAAACUUCUCGAACACUUUCUUCACUCUUACUGUGAUGUUGACAAGGGGAUGGAGUGAAAAGGGAAAAUGAUCCACAUGAAGAAAAUCUGAAAAUCAGUGGAAGGGCCUAC